GUACCUGGGAUCAGGUCUUGCAUGGAUGGAGCAGGUCCAGACACUUUUUCCAUGGAAUUGGGAAACAGGUCGCCACUGGGUCACUGUGAACUCUUUUUCCAAACGGAAGAGGCUGCAAUUGCCAAAGCGUUGCACCAAAUUGUUGCCGAUUUCAUGCGGAAUUGGCGGAAAGAGGCGGACGGGUCUGGGGAUCACCGAGAGCGACUGCGUUCCUUCACCUCAGUCGGUUCUAGUUCCUCGAAGGCGACGAGCAUCCGGCGCCACACGAGCGUCACGAGCCGCCACUCGAGCACCGUUACUCCGCCACCA